GAAAAAUAAAAACACGGUUCUCAUCGAUAUUUAUAUAUAUAUAUAUAUAUGUAUGUAUGUUUAUGGAACAUCGUACUUCUAAACUACUCAAGCAUUUCAUCUUCUCUAGUGAAACACUAUUGAUCAAGGAUACAUAAAUCAAAAUGUCUCAAUGCAGCCAUAACCACAACUUUUUGCUAAAAUCUGCUAAACAUCCUUAUUUCUGCCAGAGAUGCGGCCAACUAGGAUUCGGAAUGAGUUACUCGUGCGAAAAAAGCGAGUGCAACCUCUUUUCUCACAAAGAAUGUGAGAAGCCUAAAUCCUUGGUGCAACACCCGUUUUCCACAAAAUGUGUCUUUAAAUUUUACACUAAUAGAUCUGUGAAGGGUUGUUUAUGCCACGUAUGCGGGAAGAAUAUAAAAGGGUAUCACUACGGAUGCUCGUGCAAUUUUGUAAAGCGUUACGCGCACCCAUCUUGUCUUGCUUAUCAACCCACCUUGGAAGCUUUUGAUGGUCUUACAAUGAACCUACACAAGGUGGCACCUGCAACGUGUUUGAUUUGCAAUAAUAAGAAUCUUUGCUCUAAGGUAGAUGGAUGGGCUUAUGUUUCACCAUGUGGCUUGUACUGUUAUCAUGUGUCGUGUGUGAUGAAUAUCAUCAAUGAAAACUGGAAAAAGGCGUUUAUGAAAGGAACAUGUGAUCCUUUUCAGACUAUUAGAGACAGGUUUCCUGCCGAUAUGAAUAGGAUGACGCAAAUGGUAACGGGGAAGAAAAAGGCGAAAGACCGGAAGAAGGUGGCUACGGCUCUUAGUGUGAUAUUUAACGUGUUAACAGGAAAUCCUAAGGGUCUUAUCGGCGAUGCUAAAACGAUUAUAAGUUAAUAUUCAGGAGCAUAUAGUUGUGUGCUUUCACUAUGUUAUUGUUCUACCUUGUGUGAUUUCUACAUUGUGUGUUAGUGUGGUUUUGUUUGUCUAGUAUGUACUCGUCUAUUAGCAAGCACUUGGUUAAAAGUUGUAUGCACGGCUGUUGCUUGUUUUCUUAUGUAUCAUUAAUGUUCUUGUUUGAAAUUGAAUUAUCUUUAAUUUGAA